UCGCCUUCACCCAAAUCCUUCACAACUCUUCUCGAACCAUCACUCAAAAAUGCCCUACAACACCACGGCAAUCCCUCCGAGAAAGGAGGUAACCGGCCAGACUUUACUUCCCCUCACCCGAGUCAAGAAGAUCAUCGCAGUAGACCCAGACAUCAGUGUCUGCUCCAACAACGCUGCCUUUGUCAUCACCCUGGCGACGGAAAUGUUCGUGCAGUACCUCACCAGUGAAGCCCAGAAUAUGACCAAGCUGGAACGCAAGCCGCGGAGGAAUAUUCAGUACAAGGACAUGGCGAAUGCCGUAACCCAUCAGGACAACCUCGAGUUUCUCGAGGACGUCAUACCCAAGACAAGCUCCUACAAGGAGGUCAAGGCCAAAGCAACCGCGGCACGCGCCAGAGUCAGUGGCAGUAAGGCCACCGGGACAUCCGCCGCCGAGGACGAGAGGCCUACAGACAGCAUGCCCAACGGCAAGCGACCCAAGACCGUAUUGAACGGCAACGGUGUAAACGGCUUGUCGCGGGGGGCCAGGGUCUUGUCUUCGGACGCUGCAGAUCCCAACGAUCAACUCGAGACGGAGAUGAGACAGGCGCACCAGGACGACGGGGACGUUGACAUGACAGGCUAGGUGCCUGCGACUUGUCAUCGGCCGUGAUAGUUAACAUCAAACCUCUGCAUCCCUCUUCACAGAUGUACUCGUACAUAUCAACACCGCCGACAGAUGACCUAGCUCCGUAUACCCACAAUGGUUUGGUGCACAUGCCAACAAGCACCGUGCCUUCAUUUUCCUGCCCUCACCGUGCGAGCAUCACUCCUCCAUCGCAUCAUCCACCAUAAUUCCUGACGGCAAACGUCCCUCAUUGAGUGCUUUCUCCAACCUGAUGAUCUCCUCCAAGCUGUCGGCCUUCUUGAUCAUCUCCUGCAGCUUCUUGCGCUCCUUGUCGGUAAGCUUCAGCCGCGACAGCUUGGACC